AUGGCGCCUCAUUCUGGCCAAGAGGGCAAUAAAAAACCAACCAAACAUUACUUCAUGAAUCAUAAUUUUAAGCAAGAAUUACUUGUUCAGAGAUUAUUGAGAUUGGCAGAAGUCAAUCCGGAUGAGUUCGGAUUACCUCGCGAAGUCAAGCACUAUAAUUCGUUGUAUCCACUGGAAAUGAAUCAGCAAGAUGGGAUAUCUUCCAAUUUUGGAUAUAGAACUAUUUGCUUCAAAGCUAUUAAUUCUCACAAUGGUCAAACCUAUCUACUGCGGCGUGUUAUUGGUAGCUUCCGCGCAUCACAAUCGACAUCAUUGGAAGUUAUUAAUAAAUGGAAGAAAAUUAAACAUAGCGGAAUCGUACAACUUCAUGAAGUAUUUACCACCAAAGCUUUCGGAGAUAAUUCACUGAUUGCUAUAUACGAUUACUAUCCUGCAAAUGAAACCAUGCAAUCGCAUUAUUUUGAUACUACAAAGCAAUCAUAUACUAUUGGUGAAGACGGUGUACUUAGAGCUGAUGUAAAUAUGGCCCGAAAUAACAUUGAAUUCCUUGAUGAAAAUAUUAUUUGGAAAUAUGUAAUCCAGUUAACUUCAGCAUUACGACUAAUCCAUGUUGCUGGCUUAGCAUGCCAAAUUUUAAACGUUACUAAAGUUUUAGUUGCAAGUCGCUCCAGACUAAGAAUUAAUGGCGUAGGCAUUUUAGACAUUUUAGGGAACGACAGCCUAAACCGAAGUGCAAUUGCUUCACGUCAGAUGACAGAUUUAACAUCACUCGGUCGACUCUUGUUAGCACUCGCUUGCCGCUCCCUGGCAGCAUUAGACCCAGAAAAUUAUUCACAAUCGUUAGACUUUGUGGCUAAUAACUAUUCUUCCGAUUUAAGAGAUUUAAUAUUUGGUCUGUUGACUUGCCAACAGCAUAUGCCACAAGUUGUACACAAAAUCAAGAGCGUUAACGACGUAAUGCCUUUGAUUGGGGCACGAUUUUAUACCCAUAUUAAUGACCUCUAUUUUGAAAAUGAUAUCUUGGAGGUUGAACUGGAGAAUGAACUUGAGAAUGAUCGCUUAGUAAGACUUCUCCUCAAAUUAGGAAUUGUUAACGACAGGCCCGAAUUUUUUCUAGAUGGCGAUUGGUCGGAAACUGGAGAUAGAUAUUUACUAAAACUGUUUAGAGAUUAUAUAUUCCAUCAAGUUAAGCAAGAUGGAUCGCCUUGGAUUGAUAUGGCUCAUAUGAUUCAAUGCUUGAACAAGCUGGAUGUUGGUAGCCAGGAUCGAAUAUGUUUGUCAUCGCGUGAUGAAAAAUCAGUCUUAGUGGUUAGUUAUAAAGAUCUUAGAGACUGUUUCGAAAGAACAAUCAAUGAAGUGUUUGUAGCUGCAGGUAUUAAGAACCCUGCUAGAGGAUAA